AGGGCGGAGUGCCGGGGGAGGCAGGCAGGGGCGGCGCGGCGGGGCUGGGCUGGGCCGGGCCGGGCGCACCGUGCCGCGAAGAAAGACCCCCGGAGAAAGUGGAAGUGCGGCGCGGCGCCGGGCCCCGCCGCCGCCCCCGCCCCGCGGCCGGCCGGCACGGCGGAGAGGCGGCUGCCCCGUCCCCCCGAGGCUGUUUCCAGCUAUGUAAUGUUUUUCGGUCCCAUGAGAUGGAAAUUGAGCAGUGCUUGCUGGAGUCCCUCCCUCUCGGCCAGCGGCAGCGGCUGGUGAAGCGGAUGCGCUGUGACCAAAUAAAGGCAUAUUAUGAACGAGAAAAAGCUUUCCAGAAACGGGAGGGCUACGUGAAAAAACUGAAACAUGGAAAGAAUCAUCGAGUUCAUUUUGAUCUUGCUGAUAUGAUACAAGAUGCAAUCAUACGUCAUGAUGAUAAAGAAGUGCUACGUCUGUUGAAGGAUGGUGCCGACCCUCAUAUGCUUGUUUCCUCAGGAGGCUCCUUGCUCCAUCUGUGUGCCCGUUAUGAUAAUGCAUUUGCUGCAGAAAUUCUAAUUGACAGAGGUGUAAAUGUAAAUCAUCAAGAUGAGGAUUUUUGGACAUCAAUGCAUGUAGCCUGUGCCUGUGAUAAUCCUGAUAUUGUCCUGCUACUGCUACUAGCUGGAGCAAACGUGCUUCUGCAAGAUGUUAAUGGAAACAUUGCACUUGAUUAUGCCAUAGAAGGGACUGAAUCUAGCAGCAUCCUUCUGAUGUACUUGGAAGAAAAUGGCGUAGAGCUGAAUUCAUUGCGCCAAAUGAAGAUACAGAGACCUAUGACAAUGCUUACAGAUGUCCGACAGCUCAUAUCAAGUGGAGGAACUGUGAAUCAAAAGAAUGAUGAAGGAGUUACCCUGCUGCACGUGGCCUGCGCUAAUGGAUACAAGAAUGUUGCAUCUCUGAUAGUGGAUCAUGGGGCUGAUCUCAAUGUAGUGGAUAAUCAGUACUGGACACCCCUGCAUUUAGCUGCAAAGUACGGACAGACUAGCCUUGUGAAGCUACUUUUGAUGCACUGGGCAAAUCCCAAUCUUCUUAACUGCAAUAAUGAAAAGCCUUCAGAUGUUGCAGCUUCUGAGUUUAUUGAGGAAAUGCUUCUGAAGGCUGAAAUUGUUUGGGAGGAAAAAAUGAAAGACCCUUUAGCUGUUUCUGCUUUGUCUCAAGAAGAGCCAUAUGAAGAGAUCAUCCAUGAUCUGCCCGUAAUUUCCAAUAAACUCAAUCCCCUGGCUUUACCGAUUGCCAAGCAAGACAGUUUGCUGGAGAAAGACGCCAUGUUUAAAGAUGCAGCUAAAGGCUUAUGUAAGCAGCAAUCUCAAGACAGUGUAUCUGAAAAUGUCACUGUGAAUACUACAGCCAAACUUGAACAGAUCAAGCUAAUGCCUCCAGCUCCAAAUGAUGACCUGGCUUCUUUGAGUGAGCUAACAGACAGCAGCCUGCUUUAUGAGAUUCAGAAGCGUUUCAAUAAUAAUCAGAUAUAUACCUACAUUGGUGAUAUACUGUUGCUUGUUAACCCAUUUAAAGAACUUCCUAUUUAUUCUACCAUGGUCACCCAGCUUUAUUUAAGUACCUCUGGAAAACUGUGUUCCUCACUUCCCCCACAUAUAUUUUCCUGUGCUGAAAGAGCUUACCACAUGCUAUUCCAGGAGCAGCAUCCCCAGUGCUUUAUCCUCAGUGGAGAAAGUGGUUCUGGGAAGACUGAAGCCUGCAAGCACAUAGUGAAGCACCUCACUUGCAGAGCCAGCUCCAGCAGAAACACCUUUGAUACAAAGAUAAAACACGUAAACUGUAUCUUGGAGGCCUUUGGACAUGCUAAGACACCUUUGAAUGAUUUUUCCAGCUGUUUUAUAAAAUAUUUUGAGCUACAGUUUUGUGAGAAGAAAAAAACAUUAAUUGCAGCUAGGAUUUAUACAUACAUGUUGGAGAAGUCUCGUGUCAUUAUGCAGCCACUCAAGCAGAAUAAUUUUCAUGUUUUUUACUUGAUGAUGGAUGGGCUGUCUGCUGAAGAAAAAUACACCCUGUACCUCAGUAAUUUGUCUGCACACAGGUAUCUAAGCCAGACUGUACUCGAAGAGACGAUGUCAGCAGCCAACCCUCAAAACAAGGAGAAAUUAGCCAUACUAAAACAAGCUCUAGGUGCUAUGGGAUUCAAUAGCCUGGAGGUGGAGAACCUGUUUGUAAUUCUCUCAGCAAUUCUGCAUCUUGGAGACAUUCGGUUUACGGCUCUGACAGACGCUGAGACAGCAUUGGUGUCAGACCUGCAGCUACUGGAACAAGUGGCAGGCAUGCUGCAGGUUUCACCAGAUGAAUUUGCUUCAGCCUUAACAACUGAUGUUCAGUAUUUUAAAGGAGACAUGAUUGUACGGAGGCAUACUAUAGAGAUUGCAGAAUUUUACCGGGAUCUCUUGGCAAAAUCUCUAUAUGGUCGUUUAUUCAGCUUUUUAGUCAACACAAUAAACUGCUACCUUCAAAAUCAAGAUGAGACUGACAGUGACCACGUAUUUGAAAUUGGAGUACUGGAUAUUUUUGGAUUUGAAGAAUUUCAAAAGAAUACUUUUGAACAGCUAUGUGUCAACAUGACCAAUGAGAAGAUACACCAGUACAUCAGUGAAGUGCUUUUCCUGCAAGAGCAAGCCGAAUGUGUACGAGAGGGAGUUGCCAUGGAAACAGUGUAUUCUCCUGGUAACCACACUGCAGCCUUGGAUUUUUUCUUUCAGAAACCAUCAGGCUUUUUGUCAAUGCUGGAUGAAGAAAGCCAAUCUAUUUGGUCAGUGGAACAGAGUCUUUCUAAACGCAUUCAGGCUUACCUGGAUACAUCAGACACAAAUACAGUAUAUUCCUCCACAAAAGAUGGAAAUGGUAACCUAGCCCCAAAGGAUCAGGGCUCCACCUUCACUGUUAUGCAUUAUGCUGGGAGGGUUACUUACGAGUUUGCUGGUGCCAUAGAAAAAAAUAAAGAUUCCCUUUCACAAAAUCUCCUAUUUGUAAUGAAAACCAGUGAAAAUGUAGUUGUCAAUCAGUUAUUCCAGUCCAAGCUGACACAAACUGGAUCACUUGUUCCUCCAUAUCAUUCCCUUAAAAUUAAAGGCUGCAAAGCAUCUUUUCUCAGUAAAAAAUCAUCAGUAGCCUGUGCAAGUGGAGAAGCAAAGAAAUGUGUUGAGCUCAGCAAGCUUUUGAAAAAGAAAGGAACAUCCUCAUUUCUUCAAAGACUGGACCGAGGGGGCCCAACCACUGUGGCAAUACAGCUCAGGAAAUCACUCACAGAUAUUAUUGGAAAACUGCAGAACUGCACGCCACAUUCUGUUCAUUGUAUAAAGCCUAAUAACUCCAAGUUGCCAGAUACUUUUGACAAUUUUUACGUGUCUGCUCAACUGCAGUAUAUUGGCGUUCUAGACAUGGUCAAAAUCAUACGACAUGGAUAUCCAAUACGUCUCUCUUUCACAGACUUCUUGUCAAGGUAUAAAGAUCUGGCUGAUACAGCAGCAGGAGAGAAGAAGUUGUCUGCCAAGGAGAGAUGUCGUCUUGUUCUUCAGCAGUGUAAAUUACAAGGCUGGCAGAUAGGAGUCCGAAAAGUGUUUCUUAAGUACUGGCAAGCUGACCAUCUCAAUGACUUGUGCCUUCAGCUUCAGAAGAAAAUUAUAACCUGCCAAAAAGUUGUAAGAGGAUUUCUAGCUCGCCAGCGCUUGUUACAGAAGAUGAGCAUCAAACAGCAAGAGGUCACCUCAAUCAAAAACUUCUUGCAGAAUGCUGAGGACAUAGGACUGAAAACAUAUGAUGCCUUGGUCAUUCAGAAUGCUUCUGACAUUGCUCGGGAAAAUGACCGGCUCCGCAAUGAGAUGAACACUGCUUACCACAGAGAAAAGCUAGAGGCUAGAAACAGACCAGAAGAAGGCCACAAAAGAGCUGAAGACAAGGGUGGGAAGGUCUCUGAGGACAGCUUCACCGGCUGUCGAACGCCUAAGCACUUUCACUCCAGCUCUGUCCCUGUCCCCACGGCAGUGGACAGCUUGGUACAUUCUGUGGCUGGGUCAUCCAUCAGAUCCCCCUCCCUGCACUCUGUGUUUAGCAUGGACGAUAGCAAUAGCCUGCCAUCACCAAGGAAACAGCCUCCUCCCAAACCAAAGAGGGACCCCAACACACGACUCAGCGCUUCAUACGAGGCUGUUAGUGCUUGCUUGUCGGCAGCUUCUAAGGAAACCGCUAAUGAAGUACUGACCCGUCCAAGACCACACAGUGAUGACUAUAGUACCAUGAAAAAAAUACCUCCCAGAAAACCAAAACGGAGUCCCAAUACGAAACUUAGUGGCUCUUAUGAAGAAAUACCUGGCCAAAAGCCUGGGGAUGUAAAACAGGCAAGCACAGCAGCUAAACCAGGUGCCUAUGACACUGUGACAGUACAGAGAGCAGCUUCUGCUGAUGUGGCACAACAUGGCGUGUUGAGUCUCUAUAUGUCACAAGAAGAGGAGGAAAAUGAACCUGUCUAUAUUGAAAUGGUAGGGAAUGCAAUGAAAAGCAGUUCUGCUGAGGCAGAAAGUCCAGAACAAGGAGAAUCUGUAUAUGAAGAGAUGAAGUAUUUUCUACCAGAAGAAGGAAGCAAUGGUAAUGGAAUAAUUACAGUAGUGACUGGAUCUCCUCCUCUGUUGUUUGAAAGCAAAAAAAAUGUUAACAUUGAGGAUGGAACAUUGGAUGGAAACAGUCAAGCAGUUUUGAUCUAUAAAGACUCAUGUGACAUUCCAGCCCCUUUCCCUAACUUACUCCCACACAGACCACCACUUCUUGUGUUUCCUCCAACCCCUGUCACAUGUUCACCUGCUUCUGAUGAAUCCCCUCUAACACCACUAGAAGUCAAAAAGCUUCCUGUCUUGGAAACUAAUCUAAAAUACCCUGUGCAGUCAGAAGGCUCAAGUCCAUUAUCACCACAGUAUUCCAAAAACCAGAAAGGGGAGAGUGAAAGACCAGCAUCUCCAGGCUUGGUUGUGUUCAAUGUUUCCAGCAAAGUGACUCCUCCUUCCACACCGCCUCCGCCUCUCCCACCACCCCCUCCUCCUGUACCACCUCCUAUUUCCUACCGGGCUUCCACACAUUUUGCAUUUCCUCCAGAGACCUGUGCUAGUUUUCUGAUUAAUCCAGGGAAAAUAGGUACAAACUCAGAUCUGUCAAAAGUACCUCAGAGACCAAAUCCUGCUCAGCUUGGAUGCUCAUCUUCUCCAUUCUCCAAACUGCCUUACUCCCCAAAGGUGGCAAGAGCAGAUCACAGGAGACUGAACUCAAAUUCUUCAUCUUCAUUUCCAUACAGCCCUACAAACUCAAGGUCAUUGACCAGUCCUCUUGAUGAGUUAACUAGCUUGUUCAACUCAGGACGGAGUGUGCUACGAAAGUCUGCAGCAGGACGUAAGAUCAGGGAGCCAGAAGGUGCUGAAACUAAUCUGAAUUUAAGGAGCAGGGAAGAUCCAAAUACAUCAGGUAUUGGAUCAGAAACCCAGGAUAAGAAUGCAAAUAACCAUGGAACUCAGUCAUCUAAUCCACUGUCCAGUUCUGUGACUGCUGAAAAUGGGAAUUCAGUAUCAAAUGGUUUACCAGAGGAAAAUGAAUAUUCAAGACUGUCAGCCAGCACUACGGCAGGCUCAUCGACUCAAAGACAUAGGGAAAGCCACACUAGCCAGGUUAUUCACCAGCUUAGACUUUCAGAGAAUGAGAGUGUGGCUCUGCAAGAGCUUCUAGAUUGGAGGAGAAAGCUGUGUGAAGAGAGAGAAGACUGGCAGCAAAUCUUGCACAACACGGAGCAAAGAAUCACAGCCCCACCUCCACCCCCGUGUAAGAAGCCAACGCUGCUGAAGAAGGUCGAAGAUACCUCCUGCAACAGACUGUCUUCAGGCAUAUGGGAUACCACCAUGUGAUUCAGAUGUGUGUGUUUGCAGACUGUUAGGAAUGAAACCGUCUAAUGACUUCAAUCUGCACAAUCAGCAAGUUUUCUUCCCUUCAUAAAGCAUGCAGGGAUUUUUUACAGGCACUCGCUCAAGAGCACAGGAUGGAGGAGCUAUUUAGAUCUGUCGUGUGUGCGUGUACAUGUGUGCAUUUGUUCUUUUUAUAUAUAUAUAUACACAUAUACAUACAUGUGCAUCUGUAAGUAUAUAUAUGUGUGUGUAUAUAUAUAUGGAGACAAACUGCACUAUAAGUAGUUUAAAAGUAUGAGACGGUCACUUGGAGCUCUCCUAUGGACAAUGAAGAAACUAUGUCAAGCAAAUGAUGAUGGCGAGAAGUGGCUGACAGGCAUUUUAGAGAGAUCAGGAAAGUCUGUGUGCACACUGUACAGCUGUUUUAUAUAGUACAAAAAUAUGAUGUUUCUUGUUCCCUAAUGAAUGGUUUUAUUAUAUUACAUGUAAACAUAUAUAUAUUUCUUUGUAGAUGUCUGUGUUCUAUUGGUGUUGCAAACCCGAAGAUUAUUUACAUGUUUAUUACUGGUGUUUUAUAACUUUAUGCAAUUGGUGCUGUUGUUCUUUCUUCAAAAUACAGGUAAUAAAUUCAGUACUCACAUUUUUCUUUCAUAUUUUAUCUUUAACAACAUACCAAACAGUUUCAACACUGUGUUCUUUCUUCAGAACUGGCAAUAUCCUUUCUAAAAUCCAAUCCUGAAAUUCUUGCAAAGCUCCUAUAUACAGGUGUGAUUUGAUGUUGUUCACAGUCACAAAUUGGAGAGCAUGACUUCUUUUCAGUGGACUUGUGUUUCUGAAUGUGUAAACUGUGAAUUCUGCAGUUACAUUUCAAAUCUUAUUUUCAUUCUGGGUUAUGUAAAAUAAUGAGGCACUCAUUUAGAUUAGGUAUGGUUUGAAAUUCAUACCUGAUUAUGCUUAAGGUCAGGUGUCAGUGGAAAGAUACAUAAUGGUAAUGAGUUAUGAAAAUAGGGCUGUGAUUUACUGUUACAAGCCAGAAGGCUUUAUGGAGAUGGGUAUAUCAAAGGAUUUUGUCCUUACGGUCGUACAGUGAUGCAUUUAUACCUCAACUUUCAUGUAACAAAAUGGUUUCAGAAAUUGGAGCAUUCUAGCUGGCAAACAUGAGUUCUGAGUAAUAUUAAUUUAUGAAAAACAUACUGCUGGCAACUUGUUAGCUACUGCUCAGCAGUCUUUGAAAUACAGCUUUGCCACUAAAAAGUGUAAUUUAUAUAUAUAUACACAGGUAUUUUGUCAGGAGCCGCUUAUUUGAAGUUUUUGGAUUACGCAGAGCCACUGAGAAAAACUUUUCUUGGCUGUUUGCCCCAUUCCUAUUGGGAUCCAGGAAAAAGUACUUGUAGUUUUGCAAGGGGAUGUAGGACUAAUAUUUUCAAAUGUAAGCUAGGUUUAAAAAACCAAGCUCACCCUUGGUUGGAAGUUGUUGAGAAAGAAAAAAAAAAAAAGAAACAAAAAAAUGACAAAAACAAAAACCUGCUUAGAGACGUACCUUUUCCCAUCAUGUAUGAUAGAAGCUUCAAGCAGGAUGAAUGGUAAAAAACAGUCACAUGCUUGUUUGUUUUUACAGGGAAGCAGCAAAAUUCAAAUCGUUCCCAUGAGUCUCAUCAAGCUGUAGACAGAAUUAAGCACCUUCUCUUGCUAGACAUUAAAAUAAACAUUUCAAGUGGGCAAGGAAAGGAAGACACCAGGUUAGCUCAGAAUUUUACCAGUUAACUUCACAGAAGUCCUCUCUGUGAGAUUACCCAUUCCUGUUUCAUGGAGGAGCAGGCACUCUAGGCUCUGAAUCUUACCUUCAGCUGAUGUAAGUGGCCAUAGAGCAUUACUUGACCCAGGAGGAGCAGCUAACCCCUGUGAGGUUAUGCAGAAAACAAUUCUCACCCACUAAACAAUUAUGUCAGAGCAAGGCUUUGCCUGGAAGAAUUGAAGUUUCUUGUCUUUUCGCUCAGGUAACCAGGGAUACAGAGAAAUCCCUGUGUGAGAGUGAAAUGAGAUGGCUCCAGAGCUGGAUGCAAGGAUGCUGAUUAGUCUGACCUUGCAACUACAUUGCUUCCAGGAUGCAAAUUAUUAUGCCUACACGGCGCAGCAUCACUACACAGAGCCAUAACAACAUCUACCCAUCUACCCAGCUAGCUUAGCAAUCCUGAACACCUUACUGCACUGAGACAUGCAGACAUGCCCUCAGGCUUAUUGCUCCUCAGACGGGUCUGGCAAAUAGCCCUCUCCUAAGCUCUGUCAUAUUGCUAACUCUAAUGCCCACUAGCUGGCUUGGUGACUGAUCGCAAUCAAUCCACAGCAGCCUGAGGGUUUAGGGCAAGCUGUAAAAACUGACUAAGAAGCCAGUUUAGAUCAUGCCAAGAUCUCUGCUGCGGCAGUGAGCUUGCUACCAGUCACCAGGCUAGUUAUUUGUGAGGUGAGCUUGUGUAUCUCCAGAUGACACUGUUGUCAUUGCUGCACUUGUAAUGCAGGAGUAUCCAGAGGGGAGAGAAUACAUUUGUCAAGUUUAAAAUAUAUUAAAAUGUAAUUAAAAUGGAGUUUACAAUGGGAAAUAGUACAAAUGCACAUUAUACGAUUUGCAAUCUUUACUAAAAGUUGUGUUACAGCCGUGAUCAGCCUUAGCUGCAGGAGCUCAAAUGGGGUCUAACAAACCUUUUUGCUACUCUUUCAAAGUCUGUAUUGUGCCCUGUUACAGCAGUAUGAACCAAGUGUGGAAAAAAGGUAUGUAGAUUUACUAGCAGCUUCAUCAAUGCACUUAAAAGGAGAAGCCAGUGCAAGCCUGAUUCAGGCAAUCUGAUUCACCAGACAAUGAGAAAGCAGAUUAUUCCCUGCUGUGUAGAAGGCCUUUGUUCUAUUUUUUGGCAAACUUGGUUAAGACAUAUAUUUUCUGGGGCUCUUCCUUCAAGCAUGUUACCACAGUGCAAUCCAACAAACUAAACAGCAGAAGAUAUGAGAACUUUUUUUCGAUUUUGUUAUUAAUUCCAAGUUAUGUAAUGGCUAACUUUUUACUGGGGAAGAUUUUUCAGGAUAUUCCAUUAAAAUAUAGUACUAUACGAAUAAAGAAUUUGUGUUAAAAAAAUGUUUUAAAUAUUUCUGUAAUGGCAGUAAGACACUCCAGAGUGUGACUUAUGAUGUCAUAAUUCACACCUAGUGUGCUCAUUGGUCCCCUGGCCUUUGGCCUCGUGCCUAACAAUGCAGUUGGUAGGAAAUUAUUAUACCAUAAUUCACACCCUACUGUGUCUUAUUGCUUAAAUAACCAUACCCCCAGAGGUGUCUUAAAACUACCAUUAAAGUUUAUAUUCUGUAUCAAAAUGUGUUUACAGGGCUGGGAAAAUAUACUAUUGACAUUUUAAAAUGUUGAAAAGUAGUUUUAGCAGAACUGUACAAUGCUUGUAAAUUAAUCUCCCCAGUGGAGUACGCACCAGCCAAUUACAGUAUUCCUUGAGUAUAUGAAGUCCUCUCUUGCACAUUAAAAAAAAGCUUAGACAAAAAAAAAAGCCUUAUGAAUUUAAAAUUCUAAAGAGAAAGAUUAAACUCUAUGAGCAUGCUAAUGCCCUUAAUAUCCAAUGAACAAUCUAAAAUAUAUUUAUAUUUGCAAUAAAGCAAUUUCAGGAAGCUGGGGUUACCAUCAGAAAAUCCCUCCUCCACAUUGUGCCUUAUUGCUUAAUUUGUAAUAUGUGAAACAAACAAAACUUCUAACAAAUCAGCCUGUCUUUCAGUAUAAGGUAAGAAGAAUCAGAUAUGUUUUGCGCUUUAAAAAGUCAUUGGUCUUAAAGCCAAGGGAAUUCUGAAACCGUAUUAAACCACAAUAAAAGAAAACAACAGCUGCUGGCAUGAGAAAUUUUUAAAGCUUGUAAACCUUACUUGUUACUCCUGCAAGAGCACUUGGAAUAUUUUAGUUGCUGUAGUUACAUCCCUAUUGCAGAAUAUAAGCAAAACUUUGCUUUUAAAAACUAAUUUAGAUGUCCAGAGAAAUACUUUCACCAAUAUUUUACAGAAGACCUGUGUACAACAUGAAGUGAUACGCCUUUUAAAAAUUUGUAUUGUUUACAAAACAAUAGUAUAAUUGUUGAAUAAGUGGGUUACAUUUGCCUUUUUGCCAGUGAUCCUUUUCUAUUCCUUCUAAAAGGUUGACUUAUUUUCGUUUAUAACUUUAUUAUACUGCAGAUCCUUUGUGUGUGGAACAAAGAAUUUAAUUAACUUACUAAGAAAGAGUAAUAGAUUGUAGCAUAGUUCUAAAGUGAUAGUAAUAGCCAUAUUCAUUGUAGUUUUUAAUUCUGUUCUAUAGUAUUGACUUCCCUAGUAAUCCUGUUAUUCUUAUCUCUAUAAAGCCUGCUAAUAUCUGAAAUGCUCUGAGGAACUUAAAAUAAGUUUUGCCAUUCGCUUGUUAAAUAAUAAAUGUGAUUAAACUCUGUACAAGUCAGUUUUCCAGAAUGGUAUUAAAAGUUUCAUGGCUUUGUGUUCUAAAUAUAUAGUUUUUAAAAGGAAAACACCAUGUGAGCUUAACUAUUUGACAGUAUCUGAACAAAAGAGAUGGGUGUAUAAGGAAAUGCUUUUCUUCCAGUUUCGCUGUUCUCUGUACCUUCAGGAUUUUCAUUUUGAGAAGAAAUAAAUAAAUCCCAGUGCUGG